AUGGAAUCACAUGAAAAAGACACAAUGUCGGGCGCGGUCCUUGGCCGACCCGACGACCAGGAAAUGCAAACUAAUGGAACAGUACGCAAACAACUGAGAGAUUUGGACGAUCUAUUCCCGUACAUAGGCGACUUCGGCUGGUACCAGCGUAUGCUCUUCAUCCUCAUGAUACCGUACUCCUUCUUCUUCGCGUUCGUCUACUUCUCCCAGAUCUUCAUGACCGUGGUGCCGGCAGAGCAUUGGUGUUAUGUACCGGAAUUGGCAAAUUUUAGCGUUGAAAUGCGCCGUCAUAUCGCAAUACCGCGGACUGAAGGUAAAUACGAGAAAUGUAUUGUUUACGACGUCGACUGGCAAACGGUUCUUACCAGUGGUGAUCUCGAACCUAAAACAUGGCCGACAAAGAAGUGUGAUGGAAAAUGGGAGUUUAAUUUUACUGAUGUGCCUUAUGAAACUAUUGCUACACAGUUGGGGUGGGUAUGCGAAAAAGACAACUACCCAGCAACUGCGCAAGCGGUAUUUUUCUGCGGCGCCAUAGUUGGUGGCUUGAUAUUCGGGUGGAUAGCUGAUAAAUAUGGACGAAUACCGGCCAUACUUGGCACCAACAUGACGGGUUUUAUAGCUGGAGUGGGAACAGCUUUCACCAACAGCUUCUGGUCUUUCUGCCUCUGCCGUUUCUUGGUUGGACUAGCUUAUGACAACUGUUUUAUGGUCAUGUAUAUUGUUGUGGUGGAGUACGUGGGACCGAAAUGGCGGACGUUCGUCGCCAAUAUGUCGAUCGCUGUCUACUUUACGUUCGCUGCCUGCUUACUGCCGUGGAUCGCUCUAGCAGUGGCUGAUUGGCGGAUAUACACGCUGAUCACAAGUACACCUUUGGUACUAUCGAUCUUAACGCCGUGGGUCGUACCGGAGAGCGCUAGGUGGCUUAUAUCGCAAGGCAGGAUAGACGAAGCGCUGAAAAUUAUACAGAAAUGCGAACGUGUAAAUAACAGAAAAAUUCCAGAAGAAAUUCUUAAGGAAUUCAGGGACACAGCAACAGAGCUAGCGAAAGCCGAGCAAGAUCUCAAGAACUACUCCUUCAUGGACCUCUUUAAGUCACCUCGUCUUCGGCGUCACAGCCUGCUCCUACUGGUGAUAUGGAUGUCGAUAGCCAUGGUCUUCGACGGCCACGUCAGGAACGUUGGCUCUCUGGGAUUGGACAUGUUUGUUACCUUCACGAUUGCGACGGCAACGGAGUUUCCUGCUGACAUUUUGCUGAUACUCACUUUGGACAUUAUUGGGCGACGCUGGCUGGCUUUUGGUUCAAUGGUCUUGAGUGGAUUGUUCAGUUUUCUGGCCACUACGGUGCCUUUUGGUCUUCCAUCAGCAUCAUUGGCGAUAGUAGGACGAUUCGCGGUUAACAUAUCCUUCAAUAUCGGCAUGCAGUACGCAGCGGAAAUAUUACCAACUGUUGUGCGUGCGCAGGGCUUAGCGCUCAUUCACAUUACCGGAUACGUCGCUACUAUACUCGUCCCUUACAUAGUGUAUUUGGCAACCAUAGCGCCAGAAAUUCCCCUCCUAAUCUUGGGCGCUAUAGGAAUCGUGGGUGGUUGUCUCUGCUUAGGACUUCCCGAGUCCAUGGGCAAGGAUAUGCCACAGACAAUACAAGAUGGUGAAGAUUAUGGAAGAGAUCAGAGGUUUUGGGACUUUCCGUGCCUUAACAGACAGAAUAAGAACUCCGGACCAUCGAAAAAAUAA